AUGCCCCGGGCAUCAAGCGCCUCAUCGGGUCGCUCUAGGUUCACACCGUUCCCCGCAGCCUCGCCCGCUUCUAGCGAUGGUACCACAGUGUCGGGGCGCGUGCGCCGGCGGAUCUCAGAUACCCGUCGUGAUGGGCUAAGUUCCCGAUCCAGUCGUGCUGAAACCGUACCGGUUGAAGAAAGUGAUGCAUCCGACCGGGAGGAGCUAUUACCGCGGUCGCAGUCUGGGCCGACAAUCACGCAUCUGUUUAUUAAUAAUGAAUCAGUGAUGUCUAGGUCGCAGAACUGGACAACUGUGCUGGAUCCGGUCUCACAACGUCUACUUUGCAGGGUCCCGGGGAGUACACUUCAGGAAGUACAGCGGGCCGUUGGGGCUGCUGAAGAUGCCCAGCUUGGAUGGGCUGCUUUGGGGUUUCAAGUGAGGCGUGAGCAUCUGUUGAGACUAGUGGAUGUACUAAGACAGAUGUCUCCUGAAAUUGUGACCUGUUUAUCUCGAGAGGUUGGAAAGACCCUAGCCGAUGCAGAUGCAGAAGUCUUCCGCGGUCUGGACUGCAUACAUGCUGCAUGCUCGAUUGGGCCUGAAAUGGCCGGCAUGUUCUUAGGAGGUGAUGCAACGUUGCUACAAACGUUCUACGAGCCAGUUGGCGUCUGUGUGUCAAUCACCCCUUUCAGCUUUCCCUUCAUGAUUCCCUUGUGGUCGCUUCCGUACGCGCUCAUCACCGGCAAUACAGUUAUCCUGAAACCCUCUGAGAAAACACCUACUACGUCUUCAUUGUUAGCACAGGCAUUCGUAAAGACUGGAUUCCCACCUGGAGUCUUCAACGUGCUUCACGGCGGUCCAUCUACCGUUCAGAUGCUUGUGACUCAACCCACAGUUCAAGCGGUGAGCUUCGUCGGGUCCGAAUCCGCUGCUAGGCAGGUCCAUGACUUGGCAAGGGCUGCAGGGAAGCGAAUACAAGCAGAGUGUGGGGGCAAGAACCAUGGGGUUGUCCUAGAGGAUGCCAAUAUGUCCUCGACGCUGUUUGCGAUCGCUGGAAGUGCCUUUGGAGCUGCGGGACAGCGAUGUAUGGCCUUGAGCGUAGCAGUGUUUGUUGGUGUGACGAGAGACUGGGUUCCUAGGCUGGUCGAACUGGCACAGUCGAUGGUGGUAGGAUGUGGAGGGGAUCAGGAGUCUAAGAUUGGGCCCUUGAUCGACAAAACAGCCAAAGAAAAAGUUAGUGAGAUGAUCCAGCGAGCAGUUGAGGAGAGAGCAACGGUUCUUCUGGACGGUCGGGAUAUUGAGGUCCCCGGCUAUCCGGAUGGCAACUUCAUGGGCCCAACCAUACUCGGGGACGUGCAGACGUACAUGGAAUGUUAUCAGGCGGAGAUAUUUGGACCAGUACUCAUCUGUAUGGAGGUGGACACUCUCGAGGAAGCGAUCGAUCUGAUUAAUCAAAACAAGUAUGGUAACGGAUGCUCUAUAUUUACCACCAGUGGAAAACAUGCAAAUAUGUUCCAACGCUGUGUCAAUGUUGGACAAAUCGGUGUCAACAUCCCGUUGAUCGGUAUGGCUAUCCCUAUUUCUGUGGCGCAACCAACCCCUGACAGUGCAAUAGCGCCAUAUGGAACUGCGGUCCGAACGAGCAACAAAGACUCUUUUCUGGGUGACCGGCAUUCCCCUGGAAAGACAUAUUGGCCAUUCUUCACAACAACAAAGACGGUAUCAUCGCGAUGGGAUCAGUGA